UUUACUCAGUCAAAUUUAUACAAAUUGAUUAUGAAAACAAACUGGAAUUGAAUGUGUCAAAGUGUCAAUAAAUAAAACAGCGACAGUUCGACAAAAUAUAUUCACGGUGUUACUUUAUCAGCUAUUAUUUCGUAAAAUACAUUCAUUGGUGAAAGAUAGAACCUUCCAGGCUGUGGACGUAUUCAGUACCUAACCAUGCGGCGUUAUCUGUUACUGUUAAACAUUGUUUUAAUUAUUCCUUUUGCAUAUCAGGCCACGACCACGACCGGAUCCGUUGAAUUAGACGAAUUCUCCUUUGAUAAAAUAACAAAGAAAUUCGAAGCUAGCCUUAUUAAAUUUGAUGUGGCGUUCCCGUACGGUGACAAGCAUGAAGCUUUCGUGGCUCUCGCAAAGGACGCGAAAGACGUGGAUGAUCUUUUGAUUGCCGAAGUUGGUGUGAAAGAUUAUGGUGAAAAAGAUAAUGAGGCUCUCGCGAAGAAAUACGGAGCCAGCAAAGACAAUUUUCCAGUGGUUAAGCUGUUCGUGAAAGGCAAAUCCGAGCCGAUACCUUUCGACGACGCAAAGGGAUUCAAUAGCGACGAGCUUCGUCGUUUUGUGCGAGAGAAUACCGGCAUUUAUUUAAGUUUGCCGGGCUGCGUGAAGGAACUCGAUAAACUAGCCAUACAGUUCAUGAAGAGCAAGAAAGAUGACCGAAAGAAAGUUCUCAAAAAAGCUGAAGAUUAUGUCAAAAAUAUGGAUAAGGAGUCAUCAUCGGGAAAGAUCUACAAAACAAUAAUGGAGAAGAUUCUAGAGAAAGGUGAUGAAUUUGUUCAAUUUGAGAAUGAAAGAGUGAAGAAGUUGCUCAGUGAAAAGGUAUCUAAUGAGAAGAAGAAGCAAUUAGGAGUCAGAAUUAACAUUUUACAGACAUUCCAAUUAUUUGACAAGCAGUCCAAGUUAGUUAAAGAGGACCUGUGAUUGGCCACUUGUCUUUUAGCACUUAUUAAUUAGUUCCACAUAGUAGUUUGAUACUCCUAUGAAAUAUAUUUCUCCCUGUUUUUAAUGAGAUGAAUGCCCAAAUAUUUGAAAGUUACUUUUUGAAAAAGUAAUUAUUAUAUAAUGACAUUAUAUCACUUUCAUGUUUACUGAAGUGAUUCAUGUUUAAUUCAAAUUUCAGCAUAUUUUAUAUUUGAUUAUCUGUAUUUUACAUGUGAGACUUUAUUUCAAAAUUAUGAAAGUAUUUUAAUAUAAGUUUUCGAUUUUAUUUUUUUAUAAAUAUAUGUAUAGUACCUACUAUUAUUCUCUUCCUAAUAUAAACUGACCAUAAAAAUACUGUGGUAAUUAUGACUAUUUCUCUCUAAACUUAUUUAUUUAUAUCAUUGGACUUAUAUGAAUAUUUUAUAAACUAAACAUAUAAAAAUGCUCCAGAUAUUUUUAUAUGAGCAUAUUUGAUAAUAUUCAUGAAAAUAUACUCCUUAUUCUUCAAAACUCAUUUGUUCAUAGAUUCUCAUCGCAUUCAAAUUAAAUAAUUUUAAUAGUGAAAGCUGUCCAGGUUUAGUUUUCCGCAGGCCACUUCCCAGCUAUAGGACAAUAACCAGAUUAAAUAGUUUAACUGCUUGUAUGUCAAAAUUUAUAAAUCCAUUGUGUCUCGCGUUUAUCUACGCUCCUUCAUUCAAUGAGUUAAUGACAGUUACAUUAAAAAGGUUUCCUUCAGAAGAGUAUCAUCAUCAGCAGCAUUGCAUUGCGUUUGUCAAGUUGGGGACAACUUCUAACUAGGCACAACUGAAUAUAUUCUACAACAGUACAGAAGCAAUUAUGAAUAUUGUACGUAUUAUUACCAAAGCAUUUAUAAAAAAACAUUCCAAUAGCUGUAAUGAUAGUGUGGAUGACUGGUUGUAUAUCAAUUGUUACCGUUAACUAAACAGUCAUGGUUGGCCGGUCCCAUUUGACCCUGUUUUGUGCCAGUAACAGGUUUUAGUGCAAUCUUGCUGUGUAUGUAUCAUUUACCUGUUUUCAGUUUUUACAGCUAUGAUUUUGUUUGCAUCGAUUUCAUAUUGUUAUAGAUUUCAUUUUAGACUACUUUCAUUAAUGAUUGUCAUGUAAUAAGUUCUCUUAGUUUGUAACUUGGAGCUGCACAAAUCUGGCAUUAGUUACUUAAAAUUCUUUUGGAAAUGGAACAGCAAUUUUAGAGCUUAACUUCAAACAAAACCGGGUAUUUGUUAAACUGCAGACAGAGCUGCAUUUUUUAAAUAAUUAUUACUGUUAUGUUACAUUAUGAGGUUAUUUUUAUGAGAUUUUUAUUGUUUCUGAAAGAAUUCCUGAAAUUGAACACUAUGGUUGGCACACCAUUUACCAAUAUGAGCAUAUCUUAGUAUUAUAUAGUGUAUAGUAAUUUAGGUUUAUUUUAAAGUUAUUUCUGAUGUGUUAGAUAUUGAUGCACAAUUGUGUGUGAUUGCAAUAAAUUUAAAAUUAAAAUGUG